AUGGCUCGCCGCCAUACUGUCUGUCCCAAUCCAGACAGAGCACCACCCUUGACUAGAUACCACGGUCCUACGGCCCGCCACUACGCUAUUUGUCUCAAUCCAGAAAGGGCAAACGACGACUCAAUGUCAACAAACGAUGGCAGACUUGUCCCGUGUUUCGACAACCUCCCUAACGAACUCCUUAUAAAAAUAUGGGAGAGGGUCAUCGGAUCCCACAGAGUCUUACGAGUCACGACCCGGAAUCAGGGCAGGGUAGUGGCUACUGCUGCUCUCGCUCGGUCAACGGCUGCAGCUCGAGCUGCCGUCUCUGUCAGCCGAGCACAUCGAGCCUUGAUCCUGGAGCAUAUCCUGCCCAAUGAGAUCACCAUAUGGGGCUAUAACUCAUUCCGGGGUUGUUUCUAUAGCCCCCGCUGUGUCGUGAGAUACAAGGCCGCCAGAGACAUCCUCUAUGUCAGUUGGCCAAGCACUGACAUGCUUAGCUGGACUCGUCUGCAAUCCUGGGAAAAAGUUCGUCCUCGUGCAUACGAGAAAGCGGUAGCCAGGACCAGUUGGAUGCAUAAUGUUCAAAAGUUGGCCCUCGACUGGGGUCCAGGUUACAUACAUGAGACUCAAGAUGUCAUCUUUCGGUGGUUCGGCGGGCUGAAGGAAUUGUACACUGUCUGUCCGACGAAUGAAAUGCUGGAUACAGAGGAUGAGGACGCGGAAGAGGACAAUCCACAGGACGCCCCAUCUCAAGAGGUGUCACAAGAUGUAUCGCAAGAGACGACUCUGGAAUCAUUCAUGGAGAUGGAAAGUACAGUUCCAACUCCCGAGCAUGAGCAUGACAACAACGCGUUCCUCCACACUGGCACUUACAAGGGGGUAUGCGAGGACGACUCAUAUCUCUCGGGUAGGGCCGCGCUUAAGUGGUUGGGGCCGAGACGAAGCAAGAUGGCUAUCAUUCAAGCAGUCGAAAGGUAUAAUGAAGAGAGUGAGAAGCGGCGCCAGGCUGGACUCGAUGCCGACAUGAAGCUGAGCAUUCUGCUACAUGUCAUUGAGGAUGGUCAAGAGGACGGGUGGUGGGGGGUGAGACGGAGAUUGUUGUGA